AUGCUGUUUGGGUUGACUGAUUCCGGGGUGGUUCCAAGUUUGUGCAAACUAGCAGUAGUGCUGGCCCUGGUGGCACUCGCUCAUGGCAUUCCAAACCGACCUAAAGGCCGAUAUCAGGGUCAGUUGAUGGCUAAGCCGAGUCCGGUGAUGCCGGAAGAAAGUCCAGAGGAAGUCUACCCGAUAGUUCCCGUCGACUCGGAAGUGGCUGAAGUCGUUGAGGAGUCAGAAGUGGUGGCACCUGUUGAAGAUCCUGCCGAAGCUCCGGCGUCCAGCUACUUGGAACCUUCCGCAGAAGUGAAAGAAGUUAGCUCGUAUGAAUCUAAGGACGAAUCUGCCAAUGAUUCCGGAGCAGAUCUCUACAGAGUAGAAAAGAAAGUCAAAGAUGUCGAACAAUCCGAAAGUGGCAACGUAGAAGAAGCUGAACUCGCUGAAGAAUCGGAAGAUGAAACGGAAGCACCUGCUGCCGAUGAAGAAGAGCAACAAGAUCAAGAAGUAGGGGAAGUCGAUCAAGCUGAACCGGAAAUAGACAGUGAGGCCGAAGUGGAACCAAAACCAAGAAUAGCUGGUUUCGAAAUACCCGAGGCAGCAGCUGACAGUUCCGCUGCUGAUGAUGUAGUGGAACUAGAAAAGGUCCUCGAUAACCAAGAUGAGCAGAUUGUUCCAUUGGAGAAGGAAGAUGAAAAUGAGGAACUGGCGGUAAUUUCUCCUGCCGAAGAAGCUAGCAAAGCGGAAAAAAUGCUGGAGCUAGUCAUCGAUCAGCUCAAGUUGAUCAAGUCUAGCUUAAGUGCCCUGCAAUCUUUCUAUAUGAAAAGUGUUGAAUGA